AUGCUAAGUGCUAAGAAACUUAUCAAGAUGGCUAGGAAAUGGCAGAAGUUUGCAGCCAAGCAGAGGAAGAGGAUUUCACUUCCAAGAAAUAGAAACGAUGCAGACAGUUGUAGUACAUCUUCAUCAUUUAUGGCCGGAAAAGGCCAGUUUGUAGUGUACACAACUGAUCAAAAGCACUUUGUGAUUCCAUUGGCUUGUCUAGAAAAUGAGCUCAUUUUGCAACUUUUAAAUAUGUCUGAAGAAGAGUUUGGUCUGCCAAGUGGCGGUCCUAUUAAAUUACUGUGUGAUUCAGCCUUCAUGGAGUACCUUGUUUCACUAAUCAAGAAAGGUGCAACUGCUGAAGAUCUUCACAAAGCAUUGAUCCUCUUGCUUAGUUCAAGUUGCUCUUCAACUUCUUCAUUGCACCAAGAAUGGAGAAACCAGCAACUCCUUGUUUGUUGA